AUGUCUGGCUUAAUAGCCGCUUAUACAACCGUGCACGAGCUCGAACAAUUGUCGUCGGGUCUUCCAAAAUGCCCAUACACUAUCAUCAACGUUCAAAAAAUGUUCGUCUGUGCUCUAUGCGCUAAAGAAUAUAAAAGCAAGUCUGGCUUAAUUAAGCACGAGAAGAGGCAUGCGGGCGUUGGCAAGCAUAAAUGUCUUCAAUGUGGCAAGAGAUUUAAAACGCAAAAAGACAUGCAAGAUCACUCAAGGCUAGAGGAUUCUGAUGGGAAAUAUGAGUGUGACACCUGCGGGUCAAAGUACAAGAAGAAAUCGGACCUAACGGAGCAUGUGAGAAAACAAAGUGGAGAGAAACCUGAAAGAUGCAUCGAAUGUGGGAAGUGUUUCCGGUUCAAGAACAAUCUCCGUAGACAUUUAAAGACACAUGCAAAAGGACCGCAGGCUGGUACAAGUGGCAUGUAA